UGAGUUUCGGACACCAUGGCUGCCACCACCAGCAUCUGCCAGUUCCCCUCCUCUGGCUCCGUCAAGGGCCUGUGCGUGCCUGGCGGGGGUUUCUCUCGGAUAUCUUCCUUCCGUGUUGGGGGUGCCUGCUCGGCCCCCAGCCUCCUGGGACCCGGCAGCAACAUGUCAAUGUCCUCGUCCCGCUUCUCCGCAGGCUUGGGGGGUGGCUACACUGGGGGCUACAUCUGCAGCCUGGGUGGGGGCUUUGGCUCCAGCUUUGGCGUGGCGGAAGCCCUGCUGGGGGGCAGCGAGAAGGAGACCAUGCAGAACCUCAAUGAUCGCCUGGCCUCCUACUUGGAGAAGGUGCGUGCCCUGGAGGAGGCCAACGCCGACCUGGAGGUGAAGAUCCGGGACUGGUACAAGAAGCAGGGCCCCGGGCCUGCCCGUGACUACAGCUCCUACUUUAAGACCACUGAGGACCUUCGAAGCAAGAUCCUGGCAGCCACCAUCGACAAUGCCAACUUGGUGCUGCAGAUCGAUAACGCCUGCCUGGCAGCUGAUGACUUCCGCACCAAGUACGAGACGGAGCUGAACCUGCGCAUGAGCGUGGAGGCCGACAUCAACGGCCUGCACAGGGUGCUGGACGAGCUGACCCUGGCCAGAGCCGACCUGGAGAUGCAGAUUGAGGGCCUGAAGAAGGAGCUGGCCUACCUGAGGAAGAACCACGAGGAGGAAAUGAACGCCCUUCGAGGCCAGGUGGGCGGGGACGUCAACGUGGAGAUGGACGCCGCCCCUGGUGUGGACCUGAGCCGCAUCCUGAACAAGAUGCGUGACCAGUACGAGAAGAUCGCGGAGAAGAACCGCAAGGACGCUGAGGACUGGUUCUUCAGCAAGACAGAGGAGCUGAACUGCGAGGUGGCCACCAACACUGAGGCCCUGGCCCAGAGCAGCCGGACGGAAAUCACAGAGCCACGCCGCUCUGUGCAGAACCUGGAGAUUGAGUUGCAGUCCCAGCUCAGCAUGAAAGCAUCGCUCGAGGGCAGCCUGGCGGAGACCGAGGCGCGCUAUGGGGCCCAGCUGGCCCAGCUUCAGGGGCUUAUAAGCAGCAUUGAACAGCAGCUGUGUGAGCUCCGCUGUGACAUGGAGCGGCAGAACCAUGAGUACCAGGUGCUGCUGGAUGUGAAGACACGGCUGGAGCAAGAGAUCGCCACCUACCGCCGCCUGCUGGAGGGCGAGGAUGCCCACCUGGCCGCCAGUACUCCUCGUCCUUGGUCUCACAGCCCACCCGGGAAGCCACGAUAACCACUCGUCAGGUGCGUACCAUCGUGGAGGAGGUCCAGGAUGGCAAGAUGGUCUCCUCCCAUGAGCAGGUCCACCGCUCCACCCACUGACGCCCCUUUCCACCUGUGACAGCCCAGCCUCGAGGGUCAAGGGGCAGCCAUCGCCUCCAGCUCCCAGCACGCUACGGCCAGCCCCCACAUGCCCGUCUGGGCCACUGCCUAAGAGCUGUUGCCUUUCUGUGUCUGCUUCCCACCGCCCCUCACUGAGGGGGCCUCCUGGUUUGGCCCCAGUGACUGCAAUUAAAGCUUUGCAUGAA